ACAACAUCAAUCCCCAAACCACCCUUCUUUUUUUGCAUACACACCAUUAUCGCACACUCGCAAACAACCCGAAGCCUCUUUUUCUUUUCCACCCAACGAUUCGGCGAACGAACAGACUUAAAAAAACACCAACACAAAUGCCAACGUCCCCGAGCAAACGACGAAGUCUUCGAUUCGGAAAAGAAGCGGCACUUCGACCGAGCCUUAAAGCAACUGGUUCUGUCCCCGAUCUACAACAAUUAUCCCUGAAUUCCUUCUUUAAGAAACCACCAGCUGAAACUUCAACAUCCCCAAAUGCUAGUACCAUUACCUCUUCCUCGUCCCACCAUUCACACCGAGAAAGUGAUAUCAAUAGUGCCCACACGGAAUCAAAACGCGUCAACGACACAGAAGAAUCUUCUACUUCCUCCUCCUCGCUUUCUCCUCCUCUCUCCACCACCGGCACUAGCAAUAACGAUACAUCAACAUCCAGAGAUAUCAGACGACCGGACCCGAGCCAAAUCCUUAAAGGGGUGAUUGCUUGUCUGGAUAUCAGAACUGAGGACGGGGAUGACGUAUCUCAAAGCUUUGAACGUGCUCUCCAAUCAAUGGGUGCGAAGACGCGAAGGACAUUUUCGGAUUCCAUCACGCAUUUGAUUUUUAAGAACGGAUCUACUGCAACUCUACGUAAAGCGCUUGGAAAAAAGGUGCUGAUUGUCAAUCUGUUAUGGAUUACAUACUGUAAGCGUGAAGGAAGACGGUUAGCAGAAAAGGACUUUUUAAUCGAUCGACCCCAAGGAUUAAUUAUGUCAGCAAAAAAGCGUCGUAAAUCAAUGGAGCCGGGAAAAGUUAAAGCAUUGGAGAUGGAAGCAUCGACGUCAACAGCAUCAACAUCAAGACUAGAAAUGGAUGGAGCACACGAACACAAGCGGAAACGACAACGAGCGGAUAGCGUGAGCGAACCACGCACACGACGAUUAUCAGAAAAGGACCCUGGACGACGAAAACACCAACACAGCUCAAUGAUUGAUAACUCGACGUGGAAGGCCGAAGAUAUCCUUGAAGAAGACGAAGAGGAUGAUGAUCAAGAGGAAGAUGAACAACUUGUGAAACAACAAUUUAAUACGACCAGCACCACUGACAUAUCACUCAAUGAAACGAGCCCCGUCGACGAUGAUAGCGGCAAUAGUAACAGUGACAUCGACAAGCAAAAGCCGCAGAAACGAUCUAUAGCAGCAGCCAUGAAAUGCUCCAAUGACGAAAAGCAAAAGACGGAAAGGAAGCGAGAGUCGAAACUGUUUACCCCAGAAAUGCGCGAGCGCAGCAACCAGAUCAGAGCACAGAUCAAGGCUGAUUUUUUUGUGCGAGAUGUCGAAUCACCAAAACCAUCCUCGCCCAAACCAUCACGGUUAUCUCUUGGAUCCAACAAUAGCACCCCACUACGGCGGAAACGACGUUCGAUGGGAGGAAACCAUCACGCUAGACCAAGUUUACCUGCAAUACCUGCAUCAACACCAGAGCCUGUGCCUUUGACCCGAGCAACUACUAAUACUACCACUACUAUUACUGCAGCAUCAUCCUCAUUAACGUCUUUGAAACCAAGACUAUCUUCCAGAUCGAAAACCACAAUUGUGAUGACCGGUAUGACGCAACAAGUGCGAGAUAGGUGUAGGCAAAUCGUCGAUCGACUUGGCACCUACGAAUUAGCGACGUUUGUGGAUAGUCGGACAUCCCAUGUGAUAUUGGGCUCGAAGCGUCGAACAGAAACUGUCUUAUCCGGGAUGAUCAAGAAAUUAUGGAUCGUUACACCAGAAUGGCUGUUUAAGAGUGGAGAGUCAGGAAAAUAUUUGGACGAAGACGAAUUCGAAGCGACCGAUUUCUUUGAACGAGUUUCAAUUGCACGAACCAGUAACAGACAACUGCUACCAUCAAAUCUACAUAUAUUCAUACACUCUGUCUUCACUCUGACCAAAGAUUCGAUGCAGCAACUGAUUGUACGAGCAAAUGGAAGGAUUGUACUUUCUUUAAAGGAUGCAGAUGUGGUUAUCAGCAAGAUGGCAUUGGAUACAGACAAGAUUGUUAUUAACGAAAAUUGGUUGUUCGAUUGCAUUGAACGAUGGAAAUAUCUACCAUUUGACAAAUAUAUCAUAUCAAAAUCUUAAGAAUAAUUAUAUCACAUAUGUGCAUCGUAUAUAAUACAAAUCAUUCUCAGUCAUUCGCUUCUCUAUCCCCAACUCAUCACAACCCGCAUACAAAAGUAAGAAAACACCUCCCCAACUGUAAUACAAAAACCACUUGUGGACUCGCAUGAAUUGAUAGCAUUUUUUUAAAAAUACUCUUUAAUCGUCAUCGUCAUCAAUCGUGAUGGGC